GCGGGACCCGGCGGCGGCGGGCGCAGCGGGGCGGCCUGGAGCCCCGGGAGCGGCGCGCGCGGCCCCGGCCCGGCCGGCGUCCCGGCCUCGCGCUACACAUUCUCUCCUGGCGGCGGCGCCACCUGCGGUCGCGUUCGCCCGAACAUGGCGACACGGAGCAGCAGGAGGGAGUCGCGACUCCCCUUCCUUUUCAUCCUGAUGGCGCUGCUGCUGCCCGGGGCUGUUGGCGAGGUCUGGCCGUACACGCUGCCCGGCAGCCGCGCGCCGGGGCCCCAGGACCGGGGCUUCCUCGUGGUGCGCGGCGACCCGCGCGAGCUGCGGCUGGGGGCGCACGGGGCGCCCCGGGGGGCGGACGAGAAGCCGCUCCGGAGGAAACGGAGCGCUGCCCUGCAGCCCGAGCCCAUCCAGGUGUACGGACAGGUUAGUCUGAAUGAUUCCCACAACCAGAUGGUGGUCCACUGGGCCGGAGAGAAGAGCAACGUCAUCGUGGCCUUGGCCCGGGACAGCCUGUCGCUCGCGAGGCCCAGGAGCAGCGACGUGUACGUGUCUUACGACUACGGAAGAUCAUUCAAGAGAAUCUCAGAGAAACUGAACUUCGGCACCGGGAACAGCAGUGAAGCCGUGAUCGCCCAGUUCUACCACAGUCCUGCUGACAACAAGCGUUACAUCUUUGCAGACGCUUAUGCCCAGUACCUCUGGACCACGUUUGACUUCUGCAACACCAUCCAGGGCUUCUCCAUCCCGUUCCGGGCAGCCGACCUCCUCCUGCAUAGUAAGGCCUCCAACCUCCUCCUGGGCUUUGACAGGUCUCACCCCAACAAGCAGCUAUGGAAGUCAGAUGAUUUUGGCCAGACCUGGAUCAUGAUUCAGGAACAUGUGAAAUCCUUUUCUUGGGGAGUUGAUCCCUACGACAAGCCAAACACCAUCUACGUUGAGCGGCACGAACCCUCUGGCUACUCCACGGUUUUCCGAAGUACAGACUUCUUCCAGUCCCGGGAGAACCUGGAGGUGAUCCUGGAGGAAGUGAGGGACUUCCAGCUUCGGGACAAGUACAUGUUUGCCACAAAGGUGGUGCAGCAUCUCUUCGGCAGUCAGCAGCCGUCUUCUGUCCAGCUCUGGGUCUCCUUUGGCCGGAAGCCCAUGCGAGCAGCCCAAUUUGUCACAAGACAUCCUAUCAAUGAAUACUACAUCGCGGAUGCCUCCGAGGACCAAGUGUUUGUGUGUGUCAGUCAUAGCAACAACCGCACCAACCUGUACAUCUCGGAGGCAGAGGGGCUGAAGUUCUCCCUGUCCCUGGAGAAUGUGCUCUAUUACAGCCCGGGAGGGGCGGGCAGUGACACCCUGGUGAGGUAUUUUGCCAAUGAACCAUUUGCGGACUUCCACCGUGUGGAGGGGUUACAGGGAGUCUACAUUGCUACUCUGAUUAAUGGUUCCAUGAAUGAGGAGAAUAUGAGAUCAGUCAUCACCUUUGACAAAGGAGGCACGUGGGAAUUCCUUCAGGCUCCCGCCUUCACGGAAUAUGGAGAGAAGAUCAAUUGUGAGCUCUCCAAGGGCUGUUCCCUGCACCUGGCCCAGCGGCUCAGCCAGCUGCUCAGCCUCCAGCUCCGGAGGACGCCUAUCCUAUCCAAAGAGUCGGCGCCUGGUCUCAUCAUUGCCACUGGGUCGGUGGGAAAGAACUUGGCGAGCAAGACGAAUGUGUACGUCUCCAGCAGUGCCGGAGCCCGGUGGCGAGAGGCUCUUCCCGGACCGCACUACUACACGUGGGGAGACCAUGGCGGCAUCAUCGUGGCGAUCGCCCAAGGCAUGGAAACCAACGAGCUAAAGUACAGUACCAAUGAAGGGGAGACCUGGAAAACAUUUGUCUUCUCUGAGAAGCCGAUGUUUGUGUACGGGCUCCUCACGGAGCCUGGCGAGAAGAGCACUGUCUUCACCAUCUUUGGCUCCAACAAAGAGAACAUCCACAGCUGGCUCAUCCUCCAGGUCAAUACUACAGAUGCCUUGGGUGUCCCCUGCACGGAGAACGACUAUAAGCUGUGGUCCCCAUCGGAUGAGCGGGGCAAUGAGUGUCUGCUCGGGCACAAGACCGUUUUCAAACGGCGGACCCCCCACGCCACGUGCUUUAACGGAGAAGAUUUCGACAGGCCAGUGGUUGUGUCCAACUGCUCCUGCACCCGAGAGGACUAUGAAUGUGACUUCGGCUUCAAGAUGAGUGAAGAUUUGUUCUUAGAGGUUUGUGUUCCGGAUCCUGAGUUUUCUGGAAAGUCAUUCUCCCCUCCCGUGCCUUGUCCCGUGGGUUCUACUUACAGGAGAACCAGAGGCUAUCGGAAGAUUUCGGGGGACACUUGCAGUGGAGGAGAUGUCGAAGUACGCCUGGAAGGAGAGCUGGUGCCGUGUCCUUUGGCAGAGGAGAACGAGUUCAUCCUGUACGCCAUGCGCAAGUCCAUCCACCGCUACGACCUGGCCUCCGGAACCACAGAGCAGUUGCCUCUCACCGGGUUGCGGGCAGCAGUGGCCUUAGACUUUGACUAUGAGCACAACUGCUUGUACUGGUCCGACCUGGCCUUGGACAUCAUCCAGCGCCUCUGUUUGAAUGGGAAUACGGGCCAAGAGGUGAUCAUCAAUUCUGGCCUGGAGACAGUAGAAGCCUUGGCUUUUGAACCCCUCAGCCAGUUACUUUACUGGGUGGAUUCUGGCUUCAAAAAGAUUGAGGUGGGCAAUCCAGACGGCGACUUCCGACUCACGAUCGUCAAUUCCUCUGUGCUUGAUCGGCCCAGGGCUCUGGUUCUCGUGCCCCAAGACGGGGUGAUGUUCUGGACCGACUGGGGUGACCUGAGGCCUGGCAUUUACCGGAGCAACAUGGAUGGUUCUGCUGCCUUUCGGCUCGUGUCAGAAGAUGUCAAAUGGCCCAACGGCAUUGCCGUGGACGCUCAGUGGGUCUACUGGACGGACGCCUACCUAGACUGUAUCGAGCGGGUCACUUUCAGUGGCCAGCAGCGCUCCAUCAUCCUGGACAACCUCCCGCACCCCUAUGCCAUUGCCGUCUUUAAGAAUGAGAUCUACUGGGAUGACUGGUCAGAGCUCAGCAUAUUCCGAGCUUCCAAACACAGCAAGUCCGACAUGGCGAUUCUGGCGAGCCAGCUCACGGGGCCCAUGGACCUGAAGAUUUUCUACCGGGGGAAGACGACGGGAAGCAACGCCUGUGUGUCCAGGCCGUGCAGCCUGCUGUGCCUGCCCAAGGCCAACAACACUAGAACCUGCCGGUGUCCAGAUGGUGUUUCUGGCAGCGUCCUCCCGUCCGGGGACCUGAUGUGCGAGUGCCCUCAGGGCUAUCAGCUGAAGAACCACACGUGUGUCAAAGAAGAGAAUACCUGUCUCCGCAACCAGUAUCGGUGCAGCAACGGGAACUGUAUCAACAGCAUCUGGUGGUGUGAUUUUGACAACGACUGUGGAGACAUGAGCGACGAGAGGAACUGCCCUACUACCGUCUGUGACCUGGACACCCAGUUCCGUUGCCAGGAGUCUGGGACCUGUAUCCCGCUCUCCUACAAGUGUGACCUUGAGGAUGACUGUGGUGACAAUAGCGAUGAGAGUCACUGUGAACUGCACCAGUGCAGGAGCAAUGAAUACAGCUGCAGCUCUGGCAUGUGCAUCCGCUCCUCCUGGGUGUGUGACGGGGACAACGACUGCAGGGACUGGUCUGAUGAAGCCAACUGUACUGCCAUCUAUCACACCUGUGAGGCCUCCAACUUCCAGUGUCACAACGGGCACUGCAUCCCCCAGCGGUGGGCGUGUGAUGGUGACAUGGAUUGCCAGGAUGGUUCGGAUGAGGAUCCAGUCACCUGCGAGAAGAAGUGCAAUGGAUUCCGCUGCCCCAAUGGCACCUGCAUCCCAUCCAGCAAGCACUGCGACGGUCUGCACGACUGCGGGGACGGCUCCGACGAGCAGCACUGCGAGCCCCUCUGUACUCGCUUCAUGGACUUCGUGUGUAAGAACCGCCAGCAGUGCCUGUUCCAGUCCAUGGUGUGUGACGGCAUCGUCCAGUGCCGCGACGGCUCAGAUGAGGAUGCGGCGUUCGCAGGAUGCUCCCACGACCCCGAGUUCCACAAGGUGUGCGAUGAGUUGAGUUUCCAGUGUCAGAACGGCGUGUGCAUCAGUUUGAUCUGGAAAUGCGACGGGAUGGAUGACUGCGGGGAUGACUCUGACGAAGCGAACUGUGAAAACCCCACGGAGGCCCCCAACUGCUCCCGCUACUUCCAGUUUCAGUGUGAGAACGGACACUGCAUCCCCAACAGGUGGAAAUGCGACAGGGAGAAUGACUGCGGGGACUGGUCUGAUGAGAAGGACUGUGGAGACUUACACAUUCUUCCCUCGCCUACUCCCGGGCCCUCCACGUGUCUGCCCAAUUACUACCGCUGCAGCAGUGGGGCCUGUGUGAUGGACAGCUGGGUGUGCGACGGGUACCGAGACUGUGCCGACGGCUCAGACGAGGAAGCCUGCCCCUCCCCUGCAAAUGUCACUGCUGCCUCAACACCCACCCAGCUUGGGCGAUGUGACCGAUUUGAGUUCGAGUGCCAUCAACCAAAGAAGUGUAUCCCCAACUGGAGGCGCUGUGAUGGCCACCAGGAUUGCCAGGAUGGCCAGGAUGAGGCCAACUGUCCCACACGCAGCUCCCUGACCUGCACGAGCUGGGAGUUCAAGUGUGAGGACGGAGAGACCUGCAUCGUGCUGUCCGAGCGCUGUGACGGCUUCCUGGACUGCUCGGAUGAGAGCGAUGAGCGCAACUGUAGUGAGGAAUUGAAUGUAUACAAAAUACAGAAUCUUCAGUGGACAGCUGACUUCUCUGGGGAUAUAACUCUGACCUGGUUGAAGCCCAAGAAAAUGCCCUCUGCUUCUUGUGUAUAUAAUGUCUACUACAGGGUGGUUGGAGAGAGCAUGUGGAAGGUUCUGGAGACCCACAGCAAUAAAACCAGCACAGUAUUGAAAGUCUUGAAGCCAGAUACCACGUAUCAGGUCAAAGUCCAGGUCCAGUGUCUGAGCAAGGUGCACAGCACCAACGACUUUGUGACCCUGCGGACUCCAGAAGGAUUGCCAGAUGCCCCUCAGAACCUCCAGCUGUCACUCCACAGGGAAGUGGAAGGGGUGAUCGUGGGCCACUGGACCCCUCCCAUCCACACCCACGGCCUCAUCCGAGAGUACAUCGUAGAAUACAGCAGGAGUGGUUCCAAGAUGUGGGCCUCCCAGAGGUCUGCCGGCAACAGUACAGAAAUAAGGAACCUACUCCUCAACGCCCCGUACACUGUCCGAGUGGCGGCAGUCACUAGUCGUGGAAUAGGAAACUGGAGCGAUUCUAAAUCCAUUAUCACCACCAACAAAGGAAAAGUGAUUCCACCACCAGACAUCCACAUAGACAGCUACGACGAAAACUCCCUGAGCUUUACCCUGUCCAUGGACAGUGACAUCAAGGUGAACGGCUAUGUGGUGAACCUCUUCUGGGCAUUUGAUACCCAUGCACAGGAGCAGAGAACCUUGAACUUCCAAGGGAGCAUGUUAUCGCACAGAGUUGGCAACCUGACCGCUCAUACGCCCUACGAGAUUUCUGCCUGGGCCAAGACAGACUUGGGGGACAGUCCUCUGGCAUUUGAGCAUGUCACGACCAGAGGCGUCCGCCCACCCGCCCCAAGCCUCAAAGCCAAGGCCAUCAAUCAGACGGCGGUGGAAUGCACCUGGACCGGCCCCAGGAAUGUGGUUUACGGUAUUUUCUAUGCUACGUCCUUUCUUGACCUCUAUCGAAACCCCAAGAGUGUGACGACUUCACAGCACAACAAAACAGUCCUUGUCAGUAGAGAUGAGCAGUAUUUGUUUCUGGUCCGGGUGGUGGUGCCCUACCAAGGGCCGUCCUCGGACUACGUCGUGGUGAGGAUGAUCCCAGACAGCAGGCUCCCUCCCCGUCACCUGCAUGUGGUCCAUACAGGCAAAACCUCCGCUGUCAUCAAGUGGGAAUCCCCAUAUGAUUCUCCUGACCAGGACCUGUUAUAUGCAAUUGCAGUUAAAGAUCUAAUAAGGAAGAGUGACAGGAGCUACAAGGUAAAAUCUCGCAACAGUACCGUGGAAUACACCCUCAAUAAGCUGGAACCUGGAGGGAAAUACCAUGUCAUUGUCCAGCUGGGGAACAUGAGCAAAGAUUCCAGCAUCAAAAUUACUACAGUUUCUUUAUCAGCACCUGAUGCCUUAAAAAUCAUAACAGAAAAUGACCACGUCCUUCUAUUUUGGAAAAGCCUAGCUUUGAAGGAAAAGCAUUUUAAUGAAAGCAGGGGCUACGAGAUACACAUGUUUGACAGCGCCAUGAACAUCACAGCGUACCUUGGGAAUACUACUGACAAUUUCUUUAAAAUUUCCAACCUGAAGCUGGGUCAUAAUUACACUUUCACCGUCCAAGCCCAAUGCCUUUUUGGCAGCCAGAUUUGUGGGGAGCCUGCUGUCCUGCUGUAUGAUGAGUUGGGGUCUGGUAGGGAUGUGUCAGCCAUCCAGGCCACCAGAUCUACUGAUGUUGCUGCCGUGGUGGUACCCAUCUUGUUCCUGAUACUGCUGAGCCUGGGCAUCGGGUUUGCCAUCCUCUACACAAAGCAUCGGAGGCUACAGAACAGCUUCACGGCUUUCGCCAACAGCCACUACAGCUCCAGGCUGGGCUCAGCCAUCUUCUCCUCGGGGGAUGACCUGGGGGAGGACGAUGAAGAUGCUCCGAUGAUAACUGGAUUUUCAGACGACGUCCCCAUGGUGAUAGCCUGAAAGAGCUUUCCUCACUAGAAACCAAAUGGUGUAAAUAUUUUAUUUGAUAAAGAUAGUUGAUGGUUUAUUUUAAAAGAUGCACUUUGAGUUGCAAUAUGUUAUUUUUAUACGGGCCAAAAAUGAGACAAAACAAAACAAAAAAAAAAAGAAGGAAAGGAAACUUUGUCAUAAUCAACUGUGAACUUCAAACCAGGUUGAUUUUAGUAACCAAACUGCUUUGAUUUGAUAUUCAUGUAGUCUUACAGGGCUAUGCUUACUGGGCAUGCUUUUACGUCUGUGAGAUAACUUUGAUUCAGUGAGUUGGCCAUUCUUUUUAUUUUUCUAAGACACAGAGUAUUUAAUAAAAACUUCAAGAGAAGAGUGAUGGAUGACAUCCCUCCUCCUUGAAAGUAUGCUCAGAUUGAAAAUUUUGUUUGCAUUUAGUUUAUAUGAAAGUGUUUGGGUGUGUGCUGGGGGGAGGGUUCUUUUAUGCUGUUUUGUUAAUUUAUUGGAACUCUGUGCAGGGCAAGGCUUUAGUGGUCAUCGGACACCACAUGUCAGGAGCCCCUCGCCUGUAGGGUCCAGGGGUGGAGAACAGAAGCAGUUUUGUUACCAUGCCGGAAACAAUCCAUUUUUAUUGACUCGUGUGUCACACGAUGGCGUUUGGCAGGAGAGCAUAUUGAGUCAUUGCUCCAUUUCAUUUCAACAGAGCUGCAACUUGGGAAGCCCUGCAAGCAACAGCUUCCUCUCUUAGACUCACCGACGGAUUCUUACUGUACGUGCCUCUGUGCAAGACGUGGCUUUCAAAGCUACAAAGUGAUAACACUGCUUUAUUAUACACUGGUGUCAUUGUCAUUGCAAAAAAAAAAAAAAAUUGCUCCAGUUGUGGGAGAGAGUUCUAGAUCUGUGCCAUGAUGGCUACACUGGCAGAUAUAUAGUACCUAAUUUUUCCUUCUGGGAUUAUUUUGUUUUUUACUUACCACUGCAGAAUCUUGAAUGUAAAGUUUUGUGUUUGCAUUGAAGUGGCCGCUUACCGUCCUUAAAAAUCCAUACUGAUAUAUGCAGUCCUUUUGAAUUGGGUCAGUGCCUUGUCUUUUUUUUUUUUUUUUCCUCUCCUUCCAUCUCGCUCGCCAGUACCCUGCCCGAUUUAAAGGGAAAGUGCUAUUCACUCUUAGAGAGAUGGAGCAGAUGUACGACUCAGCGCCCAUUCAGUCCUGUUCACAGUGGCUGCAGCACUAGAGUUCUUGCUCUCUGUAAAAACGCCGGGCUGGUCCCUUCGGCCUUUCAUGGCCACCCCAGUGUUCAGACCGUGGCCACUUGGUAGGUAUGUGAAAUCCACCGGGGACUGACUCCCGCACUUUAGACCUAGAGCUGUAAGCACCGAUGUCCAGCAUUGUGAUACCGACUGAGUGCACCUCCCUGCAGAACUUCUUCCCAGCCAAGAAGGAGUGCGCGCUGGGACUCUUCCAAAGUCACGCUCCCUCCUGCGUGUGUGUCCUUGAUCCGCAGGCUCUGUCAAAACCCCAUCUCCUCUUAGAUGCAGUGUGUCACCUUCUCACAAGUAUUUGCUUUCUUUUAACCAAAAGUAUCGUUCUUGGGUGAUAGAGUUUUGUUCUACCUAGGGAGUGUUUGGGAAGCGAAGAGCCAAUUAAAAUGUUUGUAGCUUAAACCUUCUAUUUCUGUAUGUAUCCAUAUAGGUUGAGGAGUAUUUUCAACUGCAGACACUUACUGUGUCCGGUGGUAGGGCUCCAUUUAUUUCAACACGUGGUGGCGAGUCAUGAGCCUCCUCCUAGCACGUUUUUUUCUUCUUUCCGCUCUCACUCCUUUUCUUAAAGAUUGGAAUUUCUUGGGCUUGAUCUUGUCUUAUCUGGGAGUUUUCUGCAAAACUCUGAGCCCUACCACAGCCCCUUUUAAUAAGCACUUUAAGUAACUGAAAGAUUAACAGUCUGGUGGGAGGCAAGUCAUUUAAUCAAACUGCUAGUAAGUAUAUUUUCUUCUUUUUCUGCCAACUUUUUGAUGGCAUUUGUGAAAGCUGAUUUAAAAGGCUCCGAGACUCUUCCUCUUGCAUUUUUCCUUAGGCAAAAGCCUUUCUUCAGAGCAUGUCUCCAGUUGGCAACUUGAGAUGUUUCUGAGCAUCUGAUUCUAGUUCCCAGUGCCUCCCAAUGCUUAGUGCACCGUACUGUAUAGACUGGCCAUCACCCCUCUCCUUGGAAAAUGCCACUGGGCUGUUUGAGAACAAGCAGCCUUGUAGGGCUAGAGUAUUUUAUAUAGACAGAAGAGCUAAGUUCCUGAAGACUAAGCUAGAUAGAUGCAGCUAUGUGUAAAUUGUAUAUUUUUAUGAACUUUUGAAGCACGCACUGUUCUUCUCUCUGCAUACAUUGCUUUGUGAGGUUUUGAUGUAUAGAUAAGCCAGCUGCAAGAGUCCAGAGGUGGGAGUGACAAAAGGAUAUGAGAACAAAAGCUACAUGGAGCCUUUGAAGGUGACCAAAUAAUUGUCUUCACUGUGACCAAUUGGAGCCCCUGGUUCUUUGAUGAAGAAGGGGUUUUUUUUGUACCUCGUUGGAGAGGCCACCUCCAAAGUUCACACUGUCAGGGAAAAGGUUUUCUUUUCUCCCAGGAUGCAUUAGAAUGUCAGAAGCCCACAUCUCCGUGGACCAGGACGGACCACGAGUAGACCACUUCAGUUUGGUGGCAGGGGGAUUGUGUACACACUUUCUCUGGAAGCUAGUUUUGCCCCCUGAAGGAUUGAGGGGCCCCCAAGCCUUAUGAGAUGUGGGUCCAUGGGGGUAAAAUAACAGAGCGUAGAGUUCUGUAGAGGAGUCCAGGGAGAGGCCAUGGCUAUGCAGUCCCUUUUCCCCACAGGUGAGAGGCUCCAGUGAUUGCUGGCAAGCUGGGGAAAUCGUUAGGAAGCUUGGUAACUGGUGAAACUUCCAACUUUGGGAAGAGGGUUCCUGGGAUUCCAUUUCUGGUAGUAUCCUGGGGUACAGAUAUGCAACACAGCUGCACAUUCUCUCUGCCCAUUAUGUGUGACCCACUAGUUCAAGCUGUACUUGGACAAUUUAAGGAACAACAUAACCCUUCACAAACCUGUGGGGCAUUUGGGGGCAGGGGGAGUCCUGCCUUCAAAUAUUCAGUCAGUGGUCACUCUCCACCCAGUGAGACCAUAUUCUCAAUACUUCCGUGAGGGCAGAAACCCCAUCCUAUCAGGUUUGAUGGGCCACUUUCCCACUAAAAAUGUCCUAUUAAAUCCCUGAGAUGUUUCUCUUCCCCGCAGAGAGUUGGAAGGUCCCUCAAAGAAAGGAUCUGGGGAAGUCAGCAAACCAAAUAUCACCUCCACAUUGAUUUUAGGAAUUGACUCUCAAACUCUGUGCAGAAUCUUCCCUCCUGUCGGGAUUGUAUCUUGACAUUCCUACUGCAUUGUUUUUCUUAAAGGAAGUGUGUGCUGCCUUUCAGGUACAAUUUUUGUGUCCUAAAAGCCAAUGCAUUAAGUUUAUAUAGACUACUUUCUAUGCAAGACUGAGGUAUGGAACAGAUAGCAAGAGGUUACAUGUGCCGUUGGGUACAUGAGCCAGAACAUGUUUUCGGAAGGGGUACCGCCAGCGGACACGGGUUGAGGGAGAAUAGUUGUAUAUACAUUUCUGCCCGCGAAUUUUGAGCAGCCAUAUUUAAAUCAUCAGAGCCAAGUCACCCAAGAAUGGUAUUAGUUUCAUGUGUAAAUAUCCCCAAAUGGAACCAGUAUACAUGCUGAAAUGGAAUGUAAUGCUAGAUAUUCCAUGUCUUUUCUCAUUGAAAGACUCUUGUGAAUUACUAGAAACUUUAGGCAAAGUCAAAUGUAUCUGCAGCAAAACAACGGCCUGCUCUGCUCUUAUUUCAAGUGAAAUCCGUGUUUCUCUCCAAAGUGAAAUUGGAUAUUAAUGAUUUCCAUUGCCUUGAUACGUUUAUAUUAUCACUGAUGGAUGCUGAAGACUUUACUAUAUUGUCGCACAAUUUUAAAAUAAUUUUUGUCUCAACGUCAGUUUUUUCACCAAAUAAAAACUUUAACUGGAUCAAGAAAAACACCUCUUUGAAAAUCCA